AUGACUGGUGGCAACUUUAGGCUCAGCGCGGUGCUGUCAGGUCAUGUACAAGACGUCAAGGGAGUAGUGGCUAUUGACGAUGAAAGAGUGGCAAGCUGUUCGAGAGAUGGCACAGUGAGGAUAUGGAAAAAAGGGUAUGAAAAUUUAUGGCAAGACAAUAUCGCUUACCAGUCCGAUAAGUUUGUCAAUAGUCUUUGCUACGAUGUUUACAGCGAGCUUUUAUUUUGCGGAGGCCAAGAUUCUUUGGUGAAUAGCAUUUCUCCCAGUUUCGAUCAUUUGAACACGGAGUCCACAUUCGUGCUUGUAGGCCACGCGAGUAAUGUGUGCACUCUAAACAGCUCCCAGGGAUACAUUUUGAGUGGGAGCUGGGACUCCACUGCUCGAGUUUGGUUCAAGGGUGCUUUAAAACAUACAUUAAAGGGCCAUAAGGCUUCUGUUUGGGACGUCAAAAUGUUGCCUCAAGUGGGCACUUACCUAACAGCCUCCGCCGACGGGACAAUAAAAUUGUGGAACGGCGAAAAGGUAUUGAAGAGUUUUGACAACAUUCAUAGCGAUGUUGUGAGGCAUCUCGAUGUCAAUCAUAGCGGUGACCAAUUCGUCAGUUGUUCUAAUGACGGAACAGUUAAAAUUAACGACAUGGACGGCCGCACCCUCAAGACUUUGGUAGGACAUGAAAGUUUUGUUUACUGUGUUAAAUAUUUGGCCAAUGGGGAUUUGGUCAGCUGUGGUGAAGAUCGUUCUGUGAGAAUUUGGAACCAAGAUGGAUCUGUGAAGCAAGUUAUAAGAAUUCCAGCUGUUUCUGUCUGGGAUUUAGACGUCUUGCCUAACGGUGAUCUCAUUAUUGGUAGUAGUGACACAAUGGUUCGUAUCUUCACCUGUGAUGACAGCAGGUUGGCACCUCAAAAUGAACUAGACCAGUUUGCUAAGGAUAUAGAAGAAACUGCAAUUAGUUCCCAAGCCAUGGAAUUUGACGAAUCUAAACUCGCCCCCAGCGACACCCUUAAAAAGCCUGGGAAAGAAGGCCAAGUCGUAGUGGUUAAAAGCCCAUCAGGAGUAAAUGAAGCUCACCAGUUCUCCCAAGGUAAGUGGACUAAAGUUGGAGAUGUUGUAGGAUCUGCAGGGAACGAUCAAAAAAAAGAAUUUGAAGGUAAAAUGUAUGAUUACGUUUUUGAUGUUGAUGUUCAGGAAGGUGCACCACCAUUAAAGAUUCCUUUCAAUGCCAACGGCAAUCCUUACCAGGCUGCCGAUGAUUUCCUCGCAAGGUAUGAGCUUCCUGCGUCAUAUAGAGAAGAGGUUGUUCGUUUUCUGAUUACUAACACAGGGGGGGUCGAUCUCCAACAGCAAAGUGGUCCCGAAUUACCAAAGUCUGAACAAGCGACAAGUAGCAUGUCCGUUCUCCCUGUUAAAACCUAUCUUGAAAUUAAUUCUUGCAACCCGGAUGCCAUUUUUAGUGGUAUUGCUAAGUUGAAUGAGAUAGAAAAGACUUUCGACGAUGAGGAUUUGGCUGCCAUUGGGGCCGCUUUGCACAACUUAGAGGAUAAUUCCGAGCUGUUAUUUGCCCAAGCUAGUGUGAUGCGAUCGACAUGGACGAACAAAACUCCUGCGUAUGACAUUAUGCGCUUGAUUGUUCACUACCUGCCCCACGCAGAUGUAAUGAGCGACUUCAUUGAAGAAGGGCUCGGCUCUGCUAAUCCCCAGCUUGAAAUGCUCACAAUUAGAGCAUUGGCGAACUGCUUCACGAACAAGAUUUGGGGCACGGAAUUAAUGUCGAAGAUUGCUGUAUAUGAAUCCAUUUUUCAGACUAUAGACGCUGAUCGCCCUCAAGCGUCUACUAAAACUGGAAAUUUAGCUAUAGCGAUUGCAACGCUGACCCUCAACUACAGUGUUAUGAUGCUAGAGAAUCAGAACGUGGACAUUCUGCCUUCUGUGGCUGAUGCUCUAAAUAACAAGUUCGGCCCAUCAUCCAUGGUUCAAAAUUCUGAAGAAGCUGCAUACAGAUUACUUAUUGCGUACGGAAAUUUAGCUACUGUCGAGCCCACGCUGCUACAAUUCGCUCAGUCAGUCUCAUGGAUAAAAUCGGUCAAGAGCAGCUAUGGUUAUCUUGCUAGAUUCGAUCAAGUACUAGGAGACCUUAAAAUGAAUUAG